AUGAGUUCGAGCUUGAAGUACCACAUGCCGUUGCAUACAGGUGAAAGACCUUUUUCGUGCGAUGACUGUGGAAAGUCUUUCAUUCAGAAGGCGCAACUGCAAGCCCAUUUGAAAACUCAUACAGGAGAGAGUCCCUACGUGUGUGAAUUGUGCGAAAGAUCAUUCGCCACAAAAUGGAGCUUGGUGAAUCAUGUGGCUCUGCAUACGGGCGAAAGGCCGUACUCGUGCGAUUACUGCGAAAAGACCUACAUCCAGAAAAAUCAACUGACUGCUCAUCUGGUCUCGCAUACCGGAAAGAAGCCCUUUACGUGUGAGGUUUGUGGCAAGUCUUUCGCUUACAAGUGGACUCUCAAGUGUCACAUGGCUUUGCAUACUGGAGACAGACCCUAUUCUUGCGACAUCUGCGAGAGCAGUUUCGUCCAGAAACCGCAACUGAUUGCCCACAUGUUGGUUCAUACCGGAGACAGUCCUUACUGUUGUGACGUAUGCUCGAAGACGUUUUACGAUCUCAGUAGCUUAAAGAGACACAGUAAGCUCCACACGAGAGAAAUGCCCUUCACGUGUGAGCAUUGUCAUGAGGGAUUUCCUGGCCUUAAAUUACUUAAGGUGCAUCUGAGGACGCAUACAGGAGAGGAAAUUUAUUCCUGUAAGUUUUGUGGAAGGACAUACGCUAGGAAAAAUUCUUUGACACGGCAUUUGAAAGACCAUCAUACGCUCAUUGGAAAAAAGGAAGAAUAGUUUGGCUUGAAAAAAUGUUAUGUGAUAGCCAUCACCUAAGUACAAGAUAUGGGGGG